AUGGCUGCCGAGACGCCUACCUUCAAGCUCGUCCUUGUCGGCGAUGGUGGUACUGGAAAGACCACCUUCGUCAAGCGCCAUCUGACGGGUGAAUUCGAGAAGAAGUACAUGGCAACCCUUGGUGUUGAGGUCCACCCCCUUGGCUUCACGACCAACUUCGGCAACAUCACCUUCGAUGUGUGGGACACUGCUGGCCAGGAGAAGUUCGGUGGUCUCCGUGAUGGUUACUACAUUAAUGGACAAUGUGGUAUCAUCAUGUUUGAUGUGACCUCCAGAAUCACGUACAAGAACGUACCGAACUGGCACCGUGAUCUGGUCCGUGUCUGCGAGAACAUCCCUAUCGUUCUGUGUGGCAACAAGGUCGAUGUGAAGGAGCGCAAGGUCAAGGCCAAGACUAUCACUUUCCACCGAAAGAAGAACCUCCAGUACUACGAUAUCUCCGCUAAGUCAAACUACAACUUCGAGAAGCCCUUCCUUUGGCUGGCCCGCAAGCUUGUUGGCAACCCUCAACUAGAAUUUGUCGCUGCUCCUGCUCUUGCACCCCCCACUGCCGUGGUCGAUGAGGCACUUCUCAAGCAGUACCAGGAGGAGAUGGACAGCGCUGCUCAGCAGCCCCUGCCUGGUGAGGAUGAGGAUGACGACUUGUAA